GCAGAAGAGAGGAAGGCAAGUUAGUUCUUGUUAUUAUUUUGCAGGUUGAGCAGCAGAACAAGAAGAAGAUUUAAAUCAUGCUUGUUGCUUCUUGGGAAUGAUGCUGACUCUGCCAUUCGAGGACACGCACACAAUCGAGCCGCGCUUCGGUGCCAGUUUCCCCCGCGACGCUCCACCCUCGGGCGGCCAGGAUCAGCACCGCGGCGGCGAAGACGACGACGACGACUUGCCCCGCACGUCCGCUGGCGACGACGCGGGCUCGGAGCGCGGCGACGAGGACGAGCGAGAGGAGGAGGAGGAGGAGGGCGCCGGGCUCCUCCACAAGAAGCGGGGCCCCCGCAAGAAGAAGCCGGCCAAGGAGCAGCACGACCGCUCCAGGAUGCGCAGACACGAGGCCAACGCCCGGGAGAGGAGCCGCAUGCACGGCCUGAACGCGGCGCUGGAGAGCCUCCGCAAAGUGGUGCCGUGCUACUCCAAGACGCAGAAACUGUCCAAAAUCGAGACCUUGAGGCUGGCUAAGAACUACAUCUGGGCGCUGUCGGAGACCCUGAGCGCGGGGAAGAGACCCGACCUGCUGGCCUUCGUGCAGACUUUGUGCAAGGGACUCUCGCAGCCCACCACCAACCUGGUGGCCGGGUGUCUGCAGCUCAACGCCCGGAACUUCCUCACGGACCACAACGGGGAGGUCAUGUUCUCCGGACGGCCGCCCUACGAGCCGGUGUACUCCUCCUCCUCCUACCCGGACGUGAGCACGCCCCCCGGGCACAGCGGCGGCUCCUUAGACGCGUCCUCCAAGCCCUUCCGCCCGUACGGCUACGGCGGCGCCUACGAGCCCUUCCUGUACGAGAACCCGUCCCCGGAGGCCGGGAGCCCGCCUUUUGAGAGCCAGCUGAGCCCGCCGGGGAACUUGAACGGCAUUUUCUCGCUGAAGCACGACGAGCCCCCGGACUACGGCAAGGGGAGCCACUACGGGGUGCGCUACUGCGGGGCUCCGGGCCGCGCGGCCCUGGCGCACGGCUCCAUGUACCGGGUGGCCCCGGAGGGCCGCUACCCGUACGACCUGCACGUCCGCGGCCAGUCCUUCCCCGCACAGGCGGAGCUCAAUGCGCCUUUUCACAACUAACCAUGCAACUCUCACUUUGAUUUCCUCCAUAAAAGUCUGCACUUUAGACGAGAAGAUUGGACUUUUGAAGCACAAACGAGACUUUGACGCACAACAAUUCGUUACGUUUAAUUUGCAAUGACAUGAAAUUGGAUCGAUUAUAUUUAUUUGGAGAUUGGCGCGAGCAAUAAAGGCAAAUUAAAGCUAUGCAAUGCAAUCAUAAAUGUUAAAAUCAUGACAUAAAACGCUGGUCCUGUGGCAGUAUUAAUAUUUAAAAAAAAAAAAACAUUUAUUUGUGUGCAGUAAAUAGUGUUUUAAUCAGGUGAAUGUAAAAUGACUAUUAUGAUGUAUUUAUUUAUUUAUGAAAUAUGACACGUUAGUGCAUUUCUUGUGAAAUAUGUUAUUGUUGUAUUUCAUUGACAAUAUUUAUUAUGCCUUAAAAAGGGACCACACCAUUAUUGAUAUGCAAUCACAUCAAAGUGUUUUCUUUCAAUUUUGCACCGACUCUCUUUUUUUUCUUUUUCUGCCAACUUGUUCGAAAUCGUGAAGUUUGUGUUCCGCGGCGGACAUUUAAUAAUAAAUCGAUACAUUAUUGGGGGGAAAAAAAAAAAAAUCGAAAUUGUUUUUAUUUCGUUGUCAUUUUUUUUCUGCAAGCUGAAGUUAUUUUUCAGACUAAAAAAAAAGUGUUUUGGGGAAUUGUACGCGCAGAAAAAAAAACACAGUUGGACGACUUUAAGAUGUUGGAUGUUAGCCAGGCAACACAAUCUGUCUCUUAUUUACAUUUUCGUUUUAAAACAUACAUUUUCGUUUUAAUCCUCUUCAAAUGUGUUUCUUUAAAGCGAUCUGACCAUCAUUGUCAGUCAAAUGUCUACGUUUUAGAUAUGCAUUGGUGACAUGCACAUUUUGUAUAUUUAUUUCAUAUUUAUUCUAUUUGUUCUUAAUCAAUUAAUUGAAACAUCCAUCCAUUUUUUUCCCCGCUUGCCCUUUUCGGAGUCAAAUUUACGCUUUUUCUUAAAGUAGUUGAACUAUGGCCUCAUGUAUAAAAUCAUUCUUUUUACCUAAAAACAUUCAAA